AUGUCUUCUACUCCUGCUUCCGUCGAUGAUCAACUAGCUUCCGCCAUCAAGCAAACAAUUUUGUCUACUGAGUUCUUUGAUUCUCUUCAGCAAUCACUGGCUUCUAGUCCGCUCAUUACUGAAUUAUGUCAUCAAAUAACACCAUCAGACGUUUUCAUCAAAUUAUUUACAUCUACUGUGUCAUCUAAAUUAAUAGAACAGCAACAUCUUAUUGAACACUUACAAAAAACAAUUGAUGAUCUAGACGAAAGCGUGGCUGAUCUCGAAGAGCAGGUAGAUAAAUUAGAGUUAAAGUAUAACGAGCUUGAACAAUACAAUCAGCGCAAGAAUUUAAUUAUUUGUGGAAUUCCCGCGACGCAAAAUGAAAGUACUGAUAAAAUUGCCGUUGAAAUUGCGAAAAUAACCGGUCACUCGCUUGAUACAAAAUUCAUCUAUUCUUCUCAUCGUUUACCAUCUAAAACAAAUAAUUCAGUUCGACCGAUUGUCGUCAGUUUCUUACGUUAUUCAGAUCGUCGAGCUAUCAUAAAAAAUCGAAGAAAAUUACGUGAAAACCAACGAUAUAAAAAUGUAUUCAUAAAUGAACAUCUAACACCGCGUAAUAACGGUCUUUUCCAAUGUGUUCGCCAAAAAUUGAAUAAACGUAGUGUCUACACAAGAAAUGGAAAUAUUUUUUAUGUUGAUUCAUUUAAUCAAAAACACCGAAUUACAUCUACGGUAAUUAUCGAUAAUUUGGCUCAAACAGCAUUGUGUCAAUGA